CAGACUACCAAAGAGAUACUACUGUGAGACUGAAGACUGUACAUAGUGUUUAAACUUUAAAUUCUCUUUGACUGAAGACCAAUAAUAAAUUCUUCGGUGGUGGCCCGGUAAAAAAUAACUGCACUCGAGUGUAUGUACCUACGUUUUAAAAUUUUAGAUGUUAAAUUAAAGUUAUUUUGAAUUUCGUAGUAAAACAAUAAAUUAAAGUGAUUAAGAGCUAAAGUGCGUUCAAAAAAAUAUGUUUAAAUAAGAGUGUUAUUUUUAUAAUUUUGUUUGUAUCGUUUGAAAAACCCAAAAUUUCAAAAGUGCAUUUAUCCCUUGAAAACGUGGAAGUUUGUUAUUAUUAAUUUAAAUAAUUGUAGUGGAUGUCUAAGUACUUUAACUUCAGGGUUAAAGUGUCUGCGUUGCACACCUCUAUACUCUAGAGUCUAGAUCAUAUCUAUGCCUGGAUGAAUCAAUAAUGCAAAUCAGUGUUCACCUUUAUCCAGGAUAGCUGGGUGUAUUUUUAACUCCUACAAAUUAGAGUUAAUUGCUGAAUCCUUCUAGUUAUUAUGUUUCAAAUUAAGUAUUAAUACCUAUUGCAUUUACUAUAACUGUAUAUAAGUAAAAUACUACAAAUUUACAGCAAGUACACAAUAUAUUCAGUGAUCAUCCAGCCACCUCAAGUAGUGCCUAUUCACAAGCAUGAACCAUUCAACUCCUCAUUGUCAUCAAGUAGUAUCCAGUAAAAAAAUGAAAAUGCCUUCAAAUUUAUCUGACACUAGAAUAGAUUUUUGUGAUGAUUAUAUGUCUACAGCACCUCCGAACAGAUAUUUUGAGAUCAGGCCGGACAGUCCUUUAUAUAUAGAGCCAAUAGCUACCAAAAACUUUUUUAGGAAAUGGAAUCAGCUCUCUCGCUUACAAAGGUCAUUAGUGCUGGCCACACUCAUUCUUAUUGCAAUAUGUUGCUUUAUCUACGGCCUAUCUACUGCCUUCAAUCCACCCAGCAAUAUUGAAACCAAGCAUGUGGUAAAAAAUUCUACACUGCUCAAUAAAUUGAAACAAGUGUCUACUGAAAAAGAAGGGAAAGGUGGAAAGCAAGAGCCUGAGUCCUUCCAGAGGCCUAUUUUUACAGGACCAACAAAUGCCAAACAGUAUGCAGUAGUACAAAGUUUCAAGCAUGCAUGGAGUGGUUACAAGGAACAUGCCUGGGGCCAUGACAAUCUAAAACCAAUAUCUGGCUCAGCAUAUGAUUGGUUUGCACUUGGAUUAACAAUUGUUGAUGGCUUGGAUACUGCAUAUAUAAUGGGAUUGACUGAAGAAUUCAAUGAAGGGAAGGAGUGGAUUAAGAAUGAACUUGUCUUCACAAAGAACAAGGACGUCAAUUUCUUCGAAGUCACCAUACGUGUACUUGGCUCAUUGCUUACUAAUUAUCACUUUACCGGAGAUGAUAUGUUCCUGAAUAAAGCGAAAGAUCUUGGCAUGCGCCUGAUGACGGCGUUCUCGUCUCCGUCCGGGAUUCCGUACUCGGACGUGAACCUGGAGGCUCGCACGGCACACGUGCCCGAGUGGUCUCACUACAGCAGCACGGCCGAAGUGAGCACGGUGCAGUUAGAGUUCAGGGAACUUUCCAGAGCCACCAAUAUCCCCAGCUUCGAGGACGCAGCUGCUUUGGUGUCGCAGAAGAUCCAUCAACUGCCGAAGAAGAACGGCCUCGUUCCUAUCUUCAUAAAUCCGAACACGGGUCAUUUCCUUCCACACGCCACGAUCACACUUGGCGCCCGCGGCGACAGUUACUAUGAGUACUUACUGAAGCAAUGGCUUCAGACUGGGAAGUCUAUUGACUAUUUACGUGAUGAUUAUUUGACCGCAAUCGAGGGUGUUCGUGACCUAUUGGCGAAGCGGUCGAAUCCUAAAAAACGGCUCUUCAUCGGGGAACUAACGGCUGGAUCCGAGUUUAAUAAACAGGCCUUCAACGCUAAAAUGGAUCACCUGACUUGUUUCUUGCCCGGCACACUGGCGUUGGGCAACGCUAACGGUCUGCCCGACUGGCAUAUGGACAUGGCUGAGGACCUCAUACAUACCUGCUACCUGACGUAUGCAGUGCAUCCCACAUUCUUGGCGCCGGAGAUUACGCACUUUAAUAUUGGAAGCGGUUCCGAGGACAUGUUCACCAAAAUGGCGGAUGCACACAGCUUGCUCCGGCCCGAGUUCGUCGAGAGUCUGUAUGUUAUGUACCAGAUUACCGGCAACACAACCUACCAGGAUUGGGGAUGGCAAGUUUAUAUGGCAAUAGAGAAGUACGCUCGAGUACAAAAUGGCUACACGUCAUUGGCCAAUGUGAAGUCUGAGAAACCACCGCCGAAGGAUAUGAUGGAAUCAUUCUUCCUGUCUGAGACGCUCAAAUAUUUGUAUUUGUUGUUUAGCGAUGACAGAUACAUCAUCGAUCUCAGCAAAUUUGUCUUUAACACUGAAGCUCAUCCUUUGCCGAUACACAAGAAUUAAAAAAAUAUAUUUUAGGAUAUUAUGCAACUAUUAUUCAAGUUUGUUUUUACUUACCAAAGCACAAAAAAUGCGUUGAGUAUGACUGAUUUAUUAUGUUCAUGACUGUACUUAAUGUUUGUAUUCGUUCAAUUCAAAAGAUUAACCCCCUUGUUCAUAAUAGUCUGCUAACUUAAAGCAUUGCUAAUUCUCACUCUGUCUUCUUCUAUUGACCUAAGUCAGAAUGAGAAAAAACACUCAUUAGCGGCUGUUUAAAGUUAGCGGGCCAUUAUGAAUAAGGGGGCUAAAUUUUAAGUUAUGUUUUCAACAUAGUAUUCUACUAUGUAAACAAGACAAAAAUACUUCUUUCAUUCCUUAUAUUCCUAUGUACAUCAAUAGAGCUUAUGCGGCGAUGUUUUCUUAAUAUCAUGUAGCAUGGGUUUUUUAAUCAUUUAAAAUCUAUGGAAAAUUUAGGCAAAAUUUAUUUUGUAAGUUGAACUGUAGGUGUUUGUCCUACGAUGAACGAUACAUGGUCUCCGAAUUUUAUUAAUACCAAAAAAAUGUUAAGAAUAAUUUUAUUAUGAAAGCAUAACAGAUUGGUUUUUCAAGAGAUCAGAAUUAUAUUAAUUAAAUAAUUCUUUUAUCAUGUUAUAAGUUGGUUAUUGUUAUUUAUUUAUCUGUUAUUUGAGAGUUAUGUAUUUUAAUUAGUAAUGGAAGCUCACCUCGAUCUCUCUCUUGUGUUUGAGGUGGGAGUAAUGUAGCUCCCUCACGGAAUAUUACUGGUCAGCCAGUUGCCAACAAACUGGUUGGUCUUGGCUCUAAAUUUCUAUAUUUCCAUGUAUCCAGUUCUUUUGUAAUAUUAAUAAGUUGAUGUUAUAGCUGUGGUAAACACGAUCAGGUAUAUGUGAUAAUUGAUACCAAAAUUAGACUUAAUCUUUUUGGCAUUGGUAUUGUUUGUUGCAAAGUGCACCUUGACCUUGUAAAGGUCAUCAUUGUUCGUCGAGAGAUGAAUAUGAAACAAAACCAGGGUUCCUGCAAUCAUUACAAGCGGCGGUAGCUGACAGCGACCUUACACUUUACAACGGCUGCGUCCCUGGUACAAUUAACAUCAUGUCACUGACCUGUAUAAAUACCACUGGACAGGCUGUUCCAUAUGUUUGACAGCAAAUAUUUGUGCCUAUUUGAAGCACCACUAAGACAGAAUAGAAAUGAUGAAAAGUGAAAACGGUAACUGAAAAAUAUAAUAUAUAUUUUGCUAUAAGCGGUUGUGUUAAUACCUAAUGUCCCUUACACAAUAGUGUAACAAGGAGUUCUUAUCCGCAUAUGAGUUCUCUCAUUGUGAUAUGGUUGGCCGUCAAGCUAAAGAAGGUAAAAUGAUUUAAAUAUAAAAUAUUGAUGCGGAUAAGAAAAAAAUAGAAAAAGACGGAAUAGAAAUGAUGAGAAGUGAAAACGGUCUGCCUCUAGCCUAUUAUUUAAUAUUUAUAAUUAAUCUGUUUAAUAGAAAGCGAAAGUGGAUAUAGAAGUACCAGAGUAAUAACAUUGUUUGAUUCUAUAACGUUGCCGCGUGUGAGGAAGAACUUACAAUAUAAUUUAACUCACGCACUAAAAUGUAGCGCGUGAGUUUUCUUAAAUUAUAUACUUUAUUAAACAUAUUAAUUAUAAAUAUUAAAUAUUAGGCUGAAGGCAGACCGUUUUCACUUCUCAUCAUUUCUAUUCCGUCUUUUUCGAUUUUUUUCUUAUCCGCAUCAAUAUUUUAUAUUUAAAUCAUUUUACCUUCUUUAGCUUGACGGCCAACCAUAGCACAAUGAAAGAACUCAUAUGCGGAUAAUAACUCCUUGUUACACUAUUGUGUAAGGGAGUUAACACAAGCGCUUAUAGCAAAAUAUAUAUUAUAUUUUUCAGAACUAUUUUUAAAAUAGAUGGAAUAAUUAAUGUUCAUAUUAUAUUAUUUUUAUGUUCAGUUCACAAAGGUUAACGCAUUAAGGCAUGAUAUUUGAUUCACUUGUAGUUAGCCCCCACUUUAUCCGGGUAGAAAUUGCUGGGUAGCAAUUUUUUGAUACCUUGAGUCAAAUUAUUGCAAUUUCUAUAGGGAUCUAUUAUUUAGAAAACAGCAUAUUUCACGCUGAUAAGGUAGCUUAAUAGUGUAGUUAUUAAGUUUAUUUAUUAUAAACAAACACACAAGAAUCAUUUACUUGUUUUGCAUACUUAAUAUCGGACUAAUACGUGAAUAAAAUUUUGUUAUAGUAAACAGGCAGCUACAUGAUGUCCAUAGCAUUUUAGACCUUUUCACAUUGUAAUAGGAUAUUUAAUGCUUUAUGCAUACCAUAAGAUGAAUAUCGCCGCGAGCAUGCUGCAUAUUGUGGCAAUUUGUAUUUCGUUUCUUUCAUAUGUAAUUCGUGACAAUACUCUGGCAUAAGUUCUCUUGUACCGCGUAUAUUUGAUGGCGAUUGUUAUAUCAACUCGUUGCGAUUUUCUCAUCGCUCGAGUAGACGCAUGAAAAUGUAUGCGUUUUCUUGCCGAAUUUCGCCAAUUCACUUUUACCAAGUGCAUUUAUGUCUAUUAAUGAUUGUAGUUAACUUUUAGAGUUGUUCCAAUGUAUGUGUAGCUAUGUUGUGCAUUUAUCAGUAGAUGGAUAGAAAUUGAUGUGUUGAUGUUAUUAUAAUGUUUUAGCUCUCAUUCGGAGUCCUUUCUGUGUAUUGGUGACCAUCUACCGGCAGAUCGUAAUUUUCUAACAAACACCCUCAAUCUGGGGUAAAUGAAUUUUAUCAGAAAUACAACAUCUGCGGAGCAUUUAGGUUAGUAAAUGUUAGUGAAAUUAAUGUUUCAAUACGUCUUCUGUUUCAUAUCUGUUGUAAGUACUCGAAUUUAUAUACACAAAUAUACCAAAACUCGGCUCAAUAACUUAACUUUUUGUAUAACAAUUAUAAAUUUCUAUCCUAUCCCAUUUAUUAUUUUUUGGAAUCGUUUUAACUUACAUUAAUAAUUAUUUGUAAUACAAGUCGUGUACAGUAUUUAUAUUGAGUAGGUUUACAAAAUUAAAUGAUAUAAUAUGACGACAAAAUGAAAAUAGGAGAUUUUAUUAUUAUUACCUCUUUUACACGAACUGAUAAUUCAGAGCUUAUAUUUUACGGUUUUUUAUAUCAUUCUAGCUAGCUAGGUUAUUUAGCUAUGAUCACUUCAUUGAAAUCUCAUUACAAUAUUUUCAUGCGAUUAUGUAUUAAGAUACGCCCACACUAAAGCAAAUAUGGAGUCCAAUUUGACACAUCAUACACCACAACCAUAAAUAACAAAAGCCAUGCAUAAUGUAAUUUUAUUAAUUAUAAUAAAAAGUAAGUGGAAGUCUACCAAUUGAUUUGCAAAAGUUUGACAAGUAAUUUAUAUUACUGAUAUCGUCUCACACCAAAAAAUAUUAUUAGGCGUGUUGCACAAUACAAACGAAUGAUUUAUAAUGAUAAAUUAUUAAAAGUCUAAAUAUUUAUAACCUUAACCUUUUUUUGUCGAAGAUUGAUUGAUAAAAUAAUUGAUAAUAAAAUAUAUAAUACGUCAAUAUUACAUACUACACCCACGGACGAGUAAAAAAAAAAGGAAUCCGCGCCUUGAUAUUACCACGUGAUGCUAGUGUGUGUGCGGUUACGGGGUAUACCAGUUGCACAAUUUUUUCUCCCUUAAAUAAUCAUAUAUCCACAAAUACUUUUAUUAGUUAGUUUUUACACUUUUUCACAAAGCACAACGGCAUUUUUAAUUUCCUUUAUUGCGACGCAAACUGAUCUGUCACAGACGAUGGCAAAUCUUAUAAUGGCGUCCGAUCGGCUUGUAUUAGUGUAUGCGUGCGGCUAUGUAUUUACACGUUUACCGGCUUGUUUUGGUGCCUCACUGUUAUGUAAGGUGACACGAAGUCCUACUUUUUUUACUCGUCCGUGACUAUACCUACUAAAGGUCUGAAUGUGACGUGUCAAACGGGAUUUGAUAUUUUGAAUUCCUAUAAUAUAAGUAUGGCACUUUAUUUUAUGGCUACAAUUAAUAACUACGUCUUAAGUAAGACCAUUUCGAUGUAUAAAUUAUGUAAAAAUUUUUGUUACAUUAAAUUUUAUUCCUAAACUAGUUAAUUGUUUAUACGUAUAGUUUAUAAGUUUUUCAUCACUUGUCAAAAAUUUAUGUAUUAUUGUACAGAACUGCUCUAAGCGUGCCGCUGUACACUUUAUGGCCCUGGACAAUAUGUUUUUUGACAGAUUUUUGACGUUCACAUGACAGUGACAAAGCGUCACGUUACCAGAGUGCUUCUGUCAAAAUUCAUCAUGCUUUUGGCCGUGUAAUCUCUCUAUCCUGAAUUUCUUAGCAUAAUGUUUUUAAAAACCUGUCGAUUAGCUUCUGCUGAAACACAUGUGUAGUCUACUUUUAACAGGACAAAAUAUCUAAGUCAAACGCAACAGUAUUUUAUCAUCGUUGUAUAAACACUCGUUCACUCCGUAAGUUGCUGCGAAUAACUAUUGUCUCAGAGAGGCGAAGUAUCGGCACAACAUGUGAUUCAGAACGAACUAUAACUUUAGCGAGAGGUAUACUGUUGUGUCAUAUAAGAAUCCAUGUUUGUUCAAAGUUUUAAUCUCGAGCACUUCUCUUGAUUGGCAUCCCUAUUUUAGUAUUGUCAGUCGCUAAUACGUUCCAUGUUCGUGUUAGUACAAGGCCCUCAUGUAAUUCGAUCAAGAACUAUAAUUGCAUAAUUUCACGCUUUCGCCAAGGCGUUGCCAGAGGUAAGAGAAACUGCACUGUAAAAUUUAUUUUCGGCCGUUUUCAAUUAUUUUACUAGAGGAUAAAAUUCAUUUCAAUAACCUAUCGACACAAAGCAUUGGACUAUAACUAUAUUGGACAUAACUAUGGAUAGAUAAAUCUUGUCAUUAAACGGUGACAGCAAUGUAUCCGUAACCAGAGAUACGUAAUUGAAAACGGCCGUUAGAAGCUCUGUAACUUCCAGGUAACUAUUGACGCUCAACAAUAGGUUUCUCUCUCAGGUGACAAACAGUUCAAACUUUAAAUUUAGGCAGAAUUGUUCUUGGGUAUCUAUGGGUCGGUGAAAGUUGAUGAAUGCAAACAAAAACAUUGUACAAUAUAUUUGUAAAUAUAUAUUUUAAGUUGAACUAUGUAUAAUUUGUUACCAAAACUAGAUUUAACCCUUUUAAUUGGUUAGAUUUCUAUUUAUAUAAAACGUUAAUAUUACUUUAGACUGAUUUUUUAUACAUUUUCUAUCUAUUGAAACUGGAAACAUUAUUUAUUUAUUAAAGAGUUGUUUCAUACUGGGCCGUGCUAAAAGAAAAAAUUGUUAAACAUUCAAUUGAUUGGGGGAAGAAUAUAGUGAUUUAAUUAUUACGACAGUUGAUUUUUUUAUUUUUUUUUUAGUAAAAAGUACUAAAAUACGACGUAAAUCGAAUUAACAUUUAUUUUGUUUGAUUUAAUAGUUAACAGUUGAAAUUGACGUUGACUUAUUGUAUUGUGCAUGAGACUAUGACACACAUGCAUGAUCCACAUAUAACUAACAACGGCGAUAAAAUGAUAACGAACGAAUGUAAAGGAGCGUAUGCGUACGAUUUACCGACAGAGUGGAGUUUUGUCGCUGUUGUGACAAGCCCUGACAAAACACAAACUUCUAAAGAAUUGUCAGUUGCAAUACAUGUUUUGUUUCGAUUCUAAUUAAUUUUAAUGUAUAUGCAACAACUAAAUCAAUUUUAGAAUUGCGAUUAACAGUUUAUAAUCGAUUUAUGAAGAUUAAUAAUAACAUUUAAUGGUAGCUCAAGUACACCCCCGUUAAAACUCCAUUAAAAUUUGGCGCCUAAAAAGUGUUAUAAGUUGAAAUUCGCAGCGCAUUAGUCAUUUGUUUGCUGGUAUAUUUUUGUAUAUUAUAUAUAUUGGAUGUACACUAAUUAUACUUAGUAUUAAGUUAUGAAGUGUUUUCCAUACUUAUUAUGCCAAUAAAUAUACACUUAUAUGGA